UAGAUCUGGCACCCCCGAGUCCGGACUGUGGAGAAGAGGCGUGACAGAGCGAGCAGAGAGGAGAGGGGAUUGCAUUGACAAAGAUAAAAUUAUCAACUCUUUCAUUCCUGUUAGCUUUUUUUCUUUUUUAAUUAAAGUGCUCAGAUGCUGAGUGCUGCAUCAGCUGGGAUUUUUCCAGUAUUUGUUUUUUAAUUUGACAAGUCUGAGAAGAGGAAAGGGAAGGAAGAAGUGCGCUUUUAUCGUUUGGAUUCCGGACUUCUUUCCUGAGUUUUCCUUUUUUGCAUCAAGCAUGGAUGUGUUGGCGAAUUACAGUAUUUUCCAGGAACUCCAACUCGUUCAUGACACUGGUUAUUUCUCUGCGAUGCCGUCCCUGGAGGAGAACUGGCAGCAGACAUGUCUAGAGUUGGAGCGGUAUCUACAGACGGAGCCCAAGCGACUCUCAGAGCUCUUUGAUGAGGAGCUGGAUUGUCUCUUAACGCCGGCCUUCAUGCAGGGUGGUGACAGUGAUGAGGACCUGAUGGACCCCCUCCUCCCCAGCCUCCCUGACCAGCCAAGCCCGCCUCCACUACUGGUGACUCUCCCCAGGGUCCAGGCCAAAAUCCUCCAGGUGCCCAACCCCAGCAAGACCCAAGCAGAGGCAGGAACUGAAACACUCACACCAAAGGACCAAGUCCUCGCAGGAGUCAGCGCCGCACAGCUUAGCGCCGCUGUUACAUCCCUAACGCCACCAUCGUCACCAGAGCUCGGCCGCCACCUCGUCAAACCCACACAAACACUGACUGCGACGGCAGACGGCACACUAACGCUCAAACUUGUGGCGAAGAAGGUCGGGUUAGGGGAGGCUAAACUGGUGGCAGCACGAGCGGUACCGUCACCGCCAAGCCGAGUAGGAACCCUCAGUGACAGUGAGCAGGGAGGAGGAGGAAGUCUGGGAGGAGAGGUACCAGAGAACAAAAAGAGAGUCCACCGGUGCCAGUUUAAUGGCUGCAGGAAGGUUUACACCAAGAGCUCCCAUCUGAAGGCACAUCAGAGAACUCACACAGGUGAGAAGCCCUAUAAGUGCUCAUGGGAGGGCUGUGAUUGGCGUUUUGCCCGCAGUGAUGAGUUGACGCGACACUACCGCAAACACACCGGAGCAAAGCCAUUCAAGUGCAACCACUGCGACAGGUGUUUCUCUCGGUCAGACCACCUGGCCCUGCACAUGAAGAGGCACAUUUGAGGGCAAAAAGAAGAGGAGUGGGAGAGGGGAAGAAGCAAGAGGAGAAAGAGGAGGAGGAGAGAGAGGAGGAGAGAGAUGGGCAGUCGAGCUACCAACCGCCCACCUCAUUCACCCCGUCCAUAAACCAGUCGGCGGCCAUGACGCCUGCACGGCAACGCAUCCAUCUGAGAGGGCCAUAACGAUCAAAAGGACUGAAGGCCCUCUCAUUGGAGACGGGGAUUGGAGGAAAGCAAGGAGUAGCUAGAUUGUUGUUUUUCUUUAAAAUUACACACUCACACAUUUGCAAUAGUGAACACUCCACUCACCCGUCUUUGAAUGCAUCAUCCUGGUGAACCCUGGCUGUUCUCAUGUGGCUCCGGGGGCUUGGACACUGCCAAACCAACAUAUACUUAACUCGCUUGAUGAAACAUUACGCUGAUUUUUUUCUUUCUCUGUAUUCAAUGUGUUGAGACCAUAAAGUCAGUUUGGGUGAGGAGUUAGUUCAGUGGGGAAACUUUAAAUAUUCAUAUAGUCCGUUGUUAGUGCUUUACCGGCUUUUUAAAUCAAAUACUCAAAUCAAAUACUUUUUUCAUUGUUUUUAAUGUUUCUCAUACACGGAACAUAAGAAACCAUCAUCUGCCGCAGUCAGCUUCAGUAAUCUAUGUAAAGAAAACAACAAUGCCAAAUCUGCAGGAGAGAGACUGUACAGAUUGACUUCUAGCAUAGCUGACAAUCGAACCCAGGGCUCGGACGCUGGGUGUUUCGGUGCACCCAUGGGACCUCGGUCAGCGGGUGCUGCUGCAGCUCUCAGGCUCUCCUCCAGUGGGUGUUCACUGAGACGCCUGCCGCCUCCGCAGGCCAUCUGACAGAAAUGCGCAGCGACACUUUCUUCCCUUUUUUUCUACUUAGAGGACGAUAAUUCUUCUUAUUGUUGUUAUUACAAAGAAUGAUACUUUGUUCUUUUCUCUCUUUGAGAAAAUGUCUUAAAACUCACUGAAUUGUGUUUGACAAAAAAACUGAAAAUCUAAGAUGACUUCAACAGAAUGUGUGGGAUGAGAAAGGAGAGCAUUGUUGGUCUUUUAAUCCCCGUGUGCACCGGCUGUGCUUCUGCAGUCUGUAAGCAACCAGUGGAUGAACAAAAAAACAGAAUCAUACCAACUCUCAGAAAAGGGAUUUGUAUUUUUUUGGCCUGAAAUAAAAGCAGAGAGCAGAGAGGUCUUCAGUUUUUUGUGCUGCUCUUUCCGCCCUGCGAUUCACUCCAGCUGAAAAACAAAACCCUUGCAUGACCCUCUGUGGUCUCGAACUCUACAAGAAUGAGGCGGAGGAUUCGCUAAAAACUGGAAACCUGUUUUGUCUUCUUUUUUUUUUGCUUUUUGUUGAUUCUGAAAGUCAUCCUGGAGUGCUUUCACAGAUCGUAUGUUCCUAGAAGGACUGCGGAGCAUGAACAGAGGCCGAAGAGCUGCUUUUUGGUCAUUCAAGAGGGACUUAAGACGCCAACCGACCUUUGUGUGGUGGCGCCGCACAGACACGGUCACAUCAGCCCGGUCAGAUUUGCCUGUUUCGUAUCCAUUGACUGCACUGACUUUUUUCCAAUGUUAUCUGUGCUUUUUUUUUCUACAGCGAAAAAAGGAACACAAAGAAAAAAAAUCAUAAAAAGACUUGAUAAAAUACAACACAAAAACAAUUUUGUCUCGCUCUACACAUUGUAUACAGAACAAGCACACAUACUCCGUCUACACACAAACACACACAGACUUACACUGCAGUUUCUUUGCUCACGGCUCCUCUCGAGAUAAGACUAAUAAGAUUUAGCAAAAUAAUUGUUAAACUAAUGAACAGUUGGAAAACAAAACACUGCAUGGCAGGCUUUAUUGCAUACACACAUACACACACCAGCUGAUGUACACACACAGACACACACACACACACACACAAAUGCACACACUUCCUGGAUUUAUAUGUUCUGCUCCCAGAUCUUUUUUCACAGUAGGAAUUUAGCAACUGUUGUUUAGUAGAAGAGUAUCUUUUGCUCUCGGCUGGAGGUAACAAACGAUUCCAAAUCCUUUGAAGUGAGAAAUCAGCUUGUUCUCAGUUCCAACAAUCACCCACAUAUCCCUCGCUACAGUUUCUGCCUCUCAUUUAAUCAGCGUUUUUACUUCACAGGGAGGUUACAUUGUUGGUUAUAGUUGAGGAUAUAAGCUACUGUUUUCAUCAAAAAGAAAUAGAAGUAAAACAAUUGCAGCAAGUCUUUUACCAAAACUUACAGUAUCGUUGAAAACACGUCCUCAGCGACUCUUCUAUGCUGCCGCUCAUGUACAGUGAAUUUGAAUGUCCUCAAGAUGAAUCCCCAUCUCUUGACCCCAAAUAAAGAUAGCAACCAUAAUAAUGAUCUCAUCUGAUUCCUUAAAAACGUCCUUAAUCAGCUUUCCAUUCAUGGAAAAGUCCUGAAAAAUGACGAAAAUUGAUUGAAACAUUGGGCAAAACAGCUAUUUCAACCGGAAAUCAGGUUGUUAGACAAACUGGGAUCUCAAGCUUCUCAAAAGUUUUUUAUGUUUGAUGUCCCCAUAACAGUCGAAAUUCCAGCUCCACUUUUGAUUUGAUAAAUAAGAUAAAGCUAAAUGUCUUUUCAAACUUCAAGGUGCCCUGUGAAAUUUUCUCCCACAAGUAGAGCUAUUGAGCAAAGUUUUUACAUGGAAAGUUAUUUCCAUUAGCAUUAGAAGAAGCCCAUUUUAAAGGUUCUUAUUUCCUGUGUUUUGUUGUUGUAUGAGAGAUUCUUAUGAUCCGGUUACAACAGCAUUUAUGUUGGUGAUAUUUUGCACAGAAUUAACUUCAACAAUUAAAUUGAACAUUACAGCAAGAGCAUUCAUGGGCAGUAUAGCAAAGUAAAAGAUCUGCAGAAGAUCUGUGCUAAAUUUUACUUUGGCACACUAAUUAGCAAAAUAAAGAAGUAAACAAAUUUAAAUGCCAAAGGCCUGUGAGAUAGCUUGCUAACAACCAUUUUUCUAGUUUGCUAGCUAGUACUGCAGCUAUUCUGGCAGCUUGUGGCAGUGUGUACAACAGCAUCAACAAAUGAAAGAAUGUCAUUUUGCCACUAGUGCUUCAAGGUUUGUGCUCUUCAUCUUUGUUAUAUCACCGACAGGUUAUUUAAAGCUAUUCUUAAUGUAUGAUGAAAACAAUGACUUUUAUCUGUCACUAACACUUAAAUCUCUAAUGUCAAAAAUGAUACAUGAGAGGUGAAAACUGGGGCAAGCACAUAUCUGGUGGCUGCUUCCUUUGCUCAAUGGUUGCAGAAAAAAUAAACUCGCCUUGCAAUGAGGGCAUUACUGAUACCGCUAACAUCAACACCAACACUGAUAUUGCUGCUCCAUCCGCCCACCACCACCUAUAUGCCCCGUAGCACUUGCGAACAGUCUUAAUACUCACUGCUGCUGACUGGUGCAGCUGGGUGAGGGUGCAGGGUUCCUGAAGCUGGCGGGGGAUUUCACAUCCCAGCAUGCCCAGUCAUCGUGCCAGUCGGCCUUGCCAGCCUUCAUUAGGUGAAACAGUGAGAACAUUCCCCUUCAAGGCGGUUUAUGGUGCAGCUUCGAACAAUCGAUACCAAAAACCUCCAGCAUGGAACUGCCCUUUAGCCACGGGCAGAGUCUCCCUGGUCGUGAGAGAUCAGCGAGAGACCGCCUCCAUAUGAGGCCUCCGUAUCCAGCGGCAGCUUUCUCUACAAACUCUCUCUUUCUGCUAAAUGACGUGAAGCAACCCGCAUUUGGGAUGAAUCCAGUGUUUCACUUUUGAUUUCAUUUCAUUGUUCGAAUUAUGUUACAAAAGCUGUAUUGAUGGUUGUUUUCUUCAGCUUGGAUGAUUCAAAGUCACGCCAAAAUGUUGAGACAUGCAAUGGGAUGUAGAAAGAGCCCUCCUAUAAAGGACGUACAAUCAUAGAGGGAUAGGGAUCGUAGCACUUUUGUGAGGCUUUUGAUGGUAUGAAUGUGUAUAUGUGUGUAUGUAUGUGUCCACAUUAGGCAUACUGUGAGGAAAGCAGUGAGACAUUGAAGCGGUUGAUAACAGAUUUUUGACUGCUGAACAUGUGUGCAACCCUGUGGGAGAAAUGUUGGUUGAUAGAUAUGAAAAUGCUUUUAAUUCAAGCAAUGGCUGACAAUGUAUUUAUUACCUUUUUGUUUAGACCCUUCAUUCGUUCAUACAAUAAUUCAUUCCUACAAGUCAUGGAGCUGGACUUGAGUCAAAGAGAUGCAAACACUCGCACUUUGUAUUAAAGCUCACUAUAAUACAACUCCUCCCUGCCAAAUUAGUUUAAAUGACAGUUUUCUGAAGGAAACUUAUGGCUCAAUCUUUUCUGUUUCUUUUUCUCCUUCCCUAAAAUCAGUAUUUGUUCUGAUUAUUUUUAAAAAUGCCCAAAAAUAAAUAAUAACAAUAACAAAUAAUCCAAACAUCUGGAUGGAAUCAGAUUUUAAAAGUGCCAUUUGCAGCACAAACCCUGUAGUUUAACAAUUUUAUACUUAGUUAAAGAAGUCAGAUGCAUAACCAGCAGCUCAUUUGCAUUUUGUCCCCAUUUGUCACUUUGUAUUAACGGACUGAUCUUCUGAGCUGCCAAUACAACAAGACAACCUAAUUUACGAAAAAAUGAUGGUAUCAGUGUCUCCUUGCAGUAGGAAUCAAACUCUUGCAUGGUGACUUAAAAUUUGUAUUGAAAAAUGGUUUAAAUUGAUCUGCUUCUUUAUAAGAAUUUCAUAUUUUAAAGUGAAAAUGAAUAAACAUCGUAAAAGAUGAGCCUUAAGUACACUCUAAAAGGAACGUGUCCCUUUCAGCACAUUUCUGUGUGGCUUUUAGGGAUGAUGUUCCCCAAACUACAUAGACAUACCGAGUUGUUGAAGACUUCAUGUACCAUUUUAGAGCAUACAUUUUAAAAUAUAAAGUUGAAGUGCUGGCCAGCAUGCAGCACAACUCAUAGUUCUUCAAUUAAAAUCCCUCUUGACAUCCGACAGAUCUCAAAGUCACUUCAGAUACAAUUUCACAUUUCGUUUCCUUCAUGUCUCUCAGCCUGUUGAAGCAGGUUUUCUGUCACAGUGUUGCUCUGGGUCUCCUGUCGUCUCUCAGGCUCCUCCAGGCCAGCUAGCUGCCAUCCCACAGCUCUGAUUAGCAUUAGCACUCCCGGGUCCUCUUCUCUAGCUGCAGUUCAGCUAAUGAGAUAGCUCUGGGUCACAGGGAAACGGAGUGGUCUGGAGAAAAAACAACAGGGACCUUGAGCCGGACCGAUUCCAGCUCCCUGUACCCAGUGGACCGAUUUGAUGUAGAACAAACAAGAUCCCGUUAGCAUGGAGAAAUGCCUUUGAGAUAUUUGUCCAAGAGACUAAACUGUGAUGAAAGAAGGAUUUAAAAAAUAAUUUACCCACAUGAAUAUCCAAAUCAUUAAAUCAGUACUUGCUUUUUAUCUCAUGGAUUACAGAUAAAAUAAAUUACCAUUUAUCUGCAAAGUCCCUACAGAUAUUUAAUCCACUCUGUGUCCCCCAACCCUCCCUCUUCCUUCACAGUUAAAGUGCCAUUCUUGCCCCCCAUCCCUCCAUCCUCACCCCAUCUCUCCCUCUCUGUCCACAGCAGUUGUCCAUGCACUAUCAGCUGCAGGAAUGCUGAAUGCACACUUUACACAUUUUGCCCAAAGAUUUGCAUAUUUGCAAGUUAACUGCUGUGAAUGUAGUAGAUGUAGAGGAAAGAGUAGAGAGGCAGAGACGCAGAAAAGGAGUAGUAGAUGGAAGGUGGAAGGAGAGGGAUUGUUUUUCUUACAUGAUCAUCCCAUUAAAUCUUAAUUACCGGUAUGCUCCAACUCUUCAUGCUUCAUAACAUUCUCGGUCUCUUGUCUGCUGUCAGCUGGAGCCUGACUCAUUGUUCACAAAUGUAAAGUAAUGUUCUCAUGGUUUAAUAGGGUGCCCUGUAUAGUGGCGUUAGCAGCAUAAGCAGAAGUGAACAAGCUUUAGAUUAAGUUAGCUGCUUAGCACAUUGCAAAUACCACCAUCAUGACUGAUAUUUCUAAGUCAAAGGUGGGCCGGAGUCUUUGGAAAUACUAAACUGUUUACUGUGGAAACCAAUGUUACAUCACAAACUUUGAACAAGUUUACCAUUCCUAUACAUCAAAUGGUUAGAGUUCAGAGGAAAUCCAGAGGAGAAUAAUAAACUUUGGGAUUUACUGAAGGUGUUUUCACACUGGCAGGUUAGUUCAAAUCUAUGAAUGGUUUGCCUAAAAACUUGGGAAUAUAAAUGUUUUUUUUUCCAAACUCCAGUGCAGAAGAAGAAACUGCACCCAAAUCCACCAGCAUGAGGUCAUCUGAAAUCUGUGCAAGACAAACUGUAGAUAGCAGAGCUUCAGUCGUGCUGGUUGAAUAAAGAUUUUUUCAAGAAGUCAGUUACAGUACCUUUGCUGCUUUUCACUUUUGUUUUUUAUUGGCGUUUGAGCACCUUGUUGACCGUAUAUUGUUCUAUCUUUUCUUUGUGCAUGUCAAACUGAGCACCACCAUCACUUUCUUGGUAUCAGCUGCACUUUGGUGAGGCAAGAGUUACCAAACAUACCACAGAUCAUGGGCUCAUUGCACCAAAUUUGCGACAUCCAAGCUGCGAUUUGCAACGUGAGAUCAUUUCCUCUAAUCAAAACAAAGUGCAUACCUGAGACCCAUGCAUUAAUAUUGUGGAAACCUGACUUUUAUGAAACAGAAGGCUGCAAUUGUGAAAUGGGCCCCAGAACCAAUAAACAAGAGUGAAAGCAGACCAAUAGGGUUAGGAGAAGGAAGGCAAACAAACUCAGGUUUGGACUCAAACUAACAAACCCAGUGUCAAAACAGCCUUUAGACCACAGGCAGUUGUUUGGACACAGUCCUUUGAGGGAGCAGGCUUCAGUUUCCACAGUUUUCCACCAUAUCACCUUGAAGAAGGAUUGUCACUUUAGGCAGCUUUUGUAAAUAGUGUGAGAUCUUACAUACAGACAGCUCUGUGUAAAAUUAACCGUACGUGGCGACGGCACCGUCUCAGACAUUUCAGCGUUUCUAUAGAUCUGCUUUAGUUCUCGCAAACAUUGCACUACAUGAUCAUACUUAGCUAUUGCACUCUCCAUGUGCACGCACUGCUAGCAUAGUCUGUUGGAGCACUCUGUCAAAUAUCCACUUAACAUUUGUCACACGUCCAGGAUGCACUUUGCCACCAAGAACCACUUACUGCAGGUCCACUUGCGAUAGAUCAGAGUGACAUAUUGACUUAAUCCUCCAGUGAAAUGCCUUUUUCAUCACUAUUAUUCUUGGGGAAUAUGUUGUACUUUACAAACAUUCAGUCAUGCUGUGACUUGGUUAAACUUUCUUGGCAUCAGUGGCAUCCCGGAGUGUUUGUCUGUAACUACUGUGUUUGUCCAUGCUUGAUGUGUCAGUAUAUAAGAGAUUCACAGAUCUUUACCCCUCUCCUUGUGUCUGUAUAUUCCACCUCAUCCACACCAAACCCUCUCCACCAAAACCACAACCACCAGAGCCCUCUUUGGCCGAACAUGCUCAUAGUCUUAAGAUAUCCAGCUGUACUGGGAAGUAUUCUCCAGCGCUAUGGAGCUUGGGAGCUCCGAGCUGUUCUUUGGAGAGACUGCAAUAACAUUUCCACCUUGCCAGCUUACUGUCCUCGGUCAGUCAGUUUGUUUUAGUUCAGUCGACCCAUCGUUAUAGGUGCUUUUCCUUCCCUGUGAGUACUUAGAUUUUAGGAAACACUUCCUGUAGUUUGGACAGUUGUUCCCCCUCUCCGUACGUGCAAAAAGGAUUGGUAUCAAAAAUGUUCUGUUAGUCUCUGGUUCACAGCUCCUUCAAACAAAAAAAAGUGCAUCGUAGUAUCGUAUUUAAGGAAAUCAACAAACUUAAUUGUUGUACCUUGCUGACAGUCUAGACUGCUGGUAUGAUGUUGAUAUAAGUAUCAACAGAUGAUUUCCACUGCCCAAUCAGUCGAGACACCAAAUACCGUGCGGCUGCUCUAACCUGUUAACAUGGGCGCCAAAAUGAAAAGCAAGAGGUUCCAGUUUCCAGUUUCUUAAAUUGUCGCUUAAAAUUUCAGUUGAGUUUGUUUUCCUAGCGCGGGUUUUCAUAGUAGGCCUAUCAUCCAUCAUUCCUAUUGGUUAUGACAUAUCAGCUGCUUUCCAUAGAUCUAGGAUUCAAUGGAGAAGACACAAGACACCUUUCGAUGUGUCCAGGUUCAUGUGCCAAUUUUAAGUAGUUUUGAUAAAAGUUUUACAAGUUGUGCAUGAUGGUUAUCUUGCUUGCCCAAGUGAAUGUUGUUGUAAAAACUGUAUUAACUGGAGUCCCCAUCUAGAAAAGGCAUCUGGUGAGUAACAUAUUAUUAUAAUCAACAGGAAUGAUAUAAGA